UACCCGGAAAUAUUACACGGGCCGGAAAGGACCAAUGUUAGGGGAACACACGUCACUCACUUUUACCCGAAAAUAUUUCCACCGGGCAUCCAGUUUUUGUUACAUAUUUUAUACAUUUAUUUUUAAUUUCGACCGACAAUUGUUUUUAAACAGCGAAAGCUCCCCGGACAGCACACAGCCGGGGCGAAACCAAAUGGCGGAGGAGGCUGUGGAUUUUUAGCACCCAGCCCAGCAGCAUCAGUGAAAAUGGCUCUGACUAACGCCUGGAAAACAGCACGCAGAAAUGGAAGCGGACGGUAGCUAGCUGGGCAGAAGAAGAAGAAGGCGUGACGACAAGGCCUUCAUCCAUCUGCAGCUGUUGUGUGUGCUCCGCGACUGGAUGCGUAGACAGAUUGCAGAUUUUACAUUAAAAUGAGCGUCGAUAAAACAUUUUCCCUCAUCUGCCAGGGGAGCUCGGUUCUCCCAGGUUUCAUCGCAUCAGUCGGAGGAAAUGGUAAGCUUUUAUAAGUUGUAGGAAAUUCUUGGCUGAACACGGAUGAGGAAUCUUAGGUGAAGGGAAAAUGCCAUCGCAGUAAAUCUCACAGGAGACGAGAAGUCAUCAUUUGAACUGGUUCUCAAUCAAAAGCUACUUAAUCAGUUUUGAAACUGGGUGGAACUCCUCUUCCUGCCAGAAAAGACAGUUUUAUCCUUUUGCUCUUCAUAUUAUCAUCUCUGCAACCCCACUCAUUUUGGAAGUAUAGUGUGAUCAACAAAGAGUGGCGGCAUCAGAAGUAAACAGUUUGGAAUUAUGAACUUUAAUCCAUCUUUAAAGUAAGACAGUAGUAGCAUAGCCUUACCCUUGGGGUAAAAUUUGUCUUUCACCAGUAAGUGGUGGGAUUAUUGUAGCCGCUCCUAGUGCUGGAGGUUUGGCAUCUGCACCCCCAUGCGCCAGUGAGUGGGAAAUGUUCCAAUUUGGAAAAUACAAUCUGGACAUUAUAGAGAUGUUAAGUGGGCACCAGGCCCACCAGUUCAAAGGCCUUGGUUUAGAUCGACAGCUACAGCAUCAGCAGCAAGUGCAACUCCACCAGCAUCAACUCCAACAGCAGCAGCAGCAGGCUGAGUCUUCUGGAGCCCUUCUGUCUGGACUUGGCUUGGGCCCCUUGCAGGGGUCUAGAGGUAACGCCUUUUCUGAUUCUGCCUCCAUUUUUGCCAAGAUGAGUGCCCCUCCUCCCCCACCUUUACAACAGCAGCCCUCAUCUCAGACCUCCCGUUCAAAGUCAAGCAAGAUAAGCAGCAGCAGCUCAAGCCAUUCUUCAGGCUACCCACAGUUCCUGCGCUCUUUCCACCCGUCUGAGGCAGCACUAGCACAGGAACAGUUACACCCUAGCGUAGGUCGCUUUGAGCACUUUACUGGGGGGAGUAGCAGUAGUGGGAGUGCUGGGGGGUUAGGAGGAUUAGUAACAUCAGCACCUCCACCACCUCCUCUGCAUCCCGGCCUCUCUGUCCCCCAGGCAUCACCUGGCCCCUCCUCCUCCUCUCCCUCCCCAUCCACCUCUGUAGCCACGUCCAACAACCCCUCUAGCAGCAGUGCAGUCAGCUCACUGGGGCACCAGUUGGUUGGGGCCCAGUCUGAUGCACGGAGCCUUCACCAACAGUUUAGUUGCAUGCUAGCUGCUAAUCAGUAUUUUCUUUCUGGGGUGCCUACUAAUGCUAGUUUAGAACAAUUCCUUGUUCAACAGGGAACCCAUAACCACUUAGGGAUUGGUUUAAGUCAAACAGGUGGGGAGCCGAGUACCAGCCUUGCACCGCCUCCCGCUUUGCAUUCUUCUCACUCACAUGGCCACUCCACUCCCCAGCCUCAGCAGGCACCACAGCAGCCUCCCCAGCAGCAGCAGCUUCCGCCUCACUCCCUUUCUCAUCCCCACUCCCAUUCUCAUCCCCACCACCCUCUCCACCCUGGCUCCCAGGCUCCAUCACUGGGUGGCUUUGACUUUCAGGGCAUUCCUGUGCUUUCGUCUAAUCAGAUAGCUUCCCUGAUGCAGCAGGAGGCAGGUCUGCCCCUCCCCUUACCACUUCAUUUAUCCUUAUCUAAAGAAGAUGGUAAAGGUGAAAGCAGUGGAGGUGGAAGUAGCAGCAGCAGUAGCAGUAGAAGGAAAAAAGCCAUGGCUGGCUAUUUACCACAAAGAAAAUCCGAUACCAGUAAUAAUAACAGUAGUGGUCAUGGUCAUGGUAGCCACAGUAAUCCUAGCACUAGCAGUAGUAACGGCGGGCUAAGUCAUAGCCAACCCCCGGCUUUAAUUGGUAGUGGGGUUGGUAUGACAAAUAUGGGUGGAGACCCAUCAUCCCUUCUUGCCUCGUCAUCUUCAUCCUCAUCAGUAGUGUCUUCUUCCUCCUCCUCUGCUCCCUCUUCCACUGCUGCCUCAGUACUAGUUACUAACGAUUCUCAGCUUUCUAAAUCUGAUAACCAGAGUGCAAUGCAACCCAAUGCCACAGGGUCUGAUACAGAGCUCAUUUAUAGCUGUGGAGACUGUGGCAAAAGCUUCCCUCACCUCUCAAGCCUUCGCAGGCAUAUGCGCAUGCAUGAGCCAACCACAGCAGGUACUAGCAAUACUGCCACUACAGGCCCAAAUCCCAUUUACAUUAAAACACAGUCUGAUCCAAGCCUUCCCCAUUCGACCCAAGAAACCCCCCAGCCCUCAUCAAAUUCCUGUCCUAGCCCAGAGAAAAUAUUUCAUUGCCCCGAUUGUGGCAAAGCCUUUAGGAAAAAAGGGCACCUCCUGCAACAUGGAGUGAUACACUCUUCAGCCCGCCCGUAUGGCUGUUCCACCUGCUCUCGGGCAUUUAAUCGUAGAGAGUCACUGACACGCCAUGAGAAGAUUCAUGAGGAAAAGCCGUUCCGAUGCCCCGCCUGUGGUCGUGCCUUUCGUGAGAGCACCUCUCUACUCAACCAUGCUGCCUCAGGCACCUGCGGCAAGCCAGGUAGGGGACCCAAACAACGGGGCAACAAGACAGGAACUGAUAGUGAGGACAGAGUCGGGGGAGGGAGUGGAGGAGGUAACGGAGGAGGGGGAACUUAUCAGAGCAGUAGAGGGGUUAAUUUUGGGAAAACUGAGGAAGAGGAUGGUGUAAUCAUUGUGGGUGAAGGAGAACCUAAAUCAGGUUUAGGAUGUGAUGGUCUGUUUCAAUCUGGAAGGGGAGGGAAUUCAAAUGACAGGGACAGAACAGAUAGUAAAUACCCAACUGACUACUCUCGGAAUCGUUACACAGGCUACCACGAUGACCACCGUUCUCAAGGUAACCCAUCUCCAUGCUACUCUGGCGCCUCCCCCUGUGGAAGUGGGAUGGCGGGCCCAUCUCUGAGAAAGGCACCCUUGGCCCCAACGCUGCAUCCGCACUCACAGAGCCACCAGCAUCACCAUUCGCAGCAGCAGCAGCAGCAGCAGCAGCAACAACCCCACCUGCCUCUUUCUUCUCUACUGGAUGACUCAGAGGAUGAUGUCACUAGCUCUGUCAAUAAUGCAAUCUCUGCUAUAACAGCAGCUAGUAGUGGAAAUAGAGGGGAUGAUAGGGGAGACAUUAUAGGAGGUCUGCUAGGUGGUCUUGGUUUAGGACCUCUGGGCUCACCUUCGUCCACAUCUGGCAUGGAUAAGAAUUUUAGAAGUGCUGGGAGCCAGGAGGCUAUGAGCAGCAACCCACAGAAUCUGACCACCAAACCAAAACGCCCUCGCAAACCAAGAGCUAAAAAAGAUCCUGCAGCUGGUGGACAGCCCCCAAGACGUAGGCAAUACACCCCUAGAUUGGGGCCCAGUGGGCUCCCGCGCACUCACCUGUGCAGUGUUUGUGGGAAGGGAUUUGCCCGCCGCGAGACCCUGCGUCGACAUGACCGCAUCCACACUGGAGAAAAGCCCCAUCACUGCACUAUAUGUGGCAAGUAUUUCAGAGAAGCUUUUCACCUCAGCAAACAUCAAACGGUCCACUCUGGGGCAAAAAAUUACAAAUGCACCAUCUGUGGGAAAGAGUUUGGUUACUCCCAGAGUCUCAGGAGGCACAGCAAACUCCACCAGAAAGGGGAGCUCGAAGAGGUGCCUACAACACCAGCUGCAGAGAACCUUAACAGCUUUAACCCAAAUCCUCAAUGUAGCGUUGUGCAGGACAGGAGCCAGAACCAAGCACCAAGCACCUCCUCCUACUACCCCUACUCACAAGACGUCAAGCCUCAAGACACAAAUCCUCAGUCGCAGCCUCCACCCCAAUCCCAGCCGCCGCCUCCACCACAUCCCCGACUAUACACCUGUGCUAUCUGUUGGAAGUCUUACCGUCACCACUUCCAACUAACAGCCCAUCACCAGAUGGUUCACGAAGGUGGGGGUGACAAGUUUUUUUCCUGCGAGGUUUGUGGAAAACAGUUUGCCUACUCUAAUAGCCUCACUCGACACAGGCAGUCUCAGCAUGGGAUUACCCGUGGUGAGCAGUCCAACCCGCAAGACGGCAGCAGUGGGUCUGGAGAAAACAGAGGUGGGAGUGAUGUUAAUCAGUCGGCAUCUGAGAGCGAGGCCGCCACCAAUGCCUUGCUUCAAAUGGCUCCAUCCACUGAAGGCCACGGGGGACAGGGUCUUAGUGUUGUCACUCACAGCCAUCAGCAGGCGCCUCCACAACCACCAGCUGGUUAUUCUCCCCUCUUUUAUGAUGCUGCUGCAGCCCAGUCCGCUGCGUCUAACGCCCCAACUUACUCUCAACCCUUGCCUCCCAACUCUACAAUCAUGCCCCCUCAGCACCCACACUCCCCGGCCGGGGUAAAAGGAGAACACAUUUAUCCAGCUGGAUCCCGUAGCCGCACACUCCACACCACAGCCCCGUUUCAGCCCCUCACGGAACUGCCCUCCACUGAACAUCACCAUCUGCAUCACCAUCACCAUUACUCCCACCAUCAUCCCCAUCAUCAGUCAGACACCCAGCCCCACCAACACUUCGACUGCAACAUCCCGUUGUCCCACGAUGAAAUGAGACGACACAAGAAGAAAAAAAAAAAGUCCGACAAGAGAGAAUGGAGGGGAAAUAAAUGGGCUUCCCACGACUCGGUCAGAUUUGAUGGUGUCAAAAAGAAGAAAAAGAUCAGUUGUACAGUAAGAGGGCAGUUGAAUAAAAGACGAGGCUCUCUUCGACUGACAAUUAGGCGAGGAGGAGGAUCAGGUGGCGGUGGGUAUAGGCUUGUCAACACUGGCGGAAUGAAGGUGCAGAUCCUGUCAUCUCUCCAUGUCCCGGUGAAACGCUUUGGAUGUCCCAUAUGCCCCAAUUCAGUGUUUUCCCGUAAAGCUGGACUGCUUAUCCACAUGGCGGUCAAACACCCACGGAGAGCCUUGAGCUAUCAGGAGCGAUUAAGGUGCAGUGUGUGUGGGAAGCAGUCUCAUGGGCCUCUGGCAGCCUUCGUCCACCGAGCUUCCCAUCGCGCCAGAGGGACUUUCUCCUGCCGCCGCUGCGCCGCCCGCUUUUGGAACGCCGCACUUCUUCACAGGCACAAAGUGUCUUGCCGCCGCAGGGCUAAAAGACUGCAGCGAGGAGAUGGUACGAGGCUGAAGCUUUUGAAGAGACCGGAAGAAAGACAGACCCACGAGAGUCACGAGGAGAUGCCGUUUUUGCAAGGAUCACCGUACAGAUACUGAUCCUUGUGUCUGAAAAGAGUGGCACAUGAGGGAUUGUUUUUUUGUUUUCCAGCUCUAAAAAUAAGGAAAUGAGUUAAAAAAAAAGGACUUCAAAAGGCAUAUGUAAGAAAAAUGUGCCUGGUGUUUUUUGUUUCAUCUUCUCUGCUGACUAUUAGAACGAGUGUUAACAACUACUGUAGAACAAUAUAUUAAAAUAUUACCAGAGAUUCUUCCAGAUUAUAUUGGAAGGUGCUCAAAGGUGUUUUUUCAAAGACGUGACUGUUUUCAUAGGAUCAUUAAUUAACCCUUAAGUGCAUUGACACUAUGCUUGGCUGACACUGUGCAGUUAUCUAGACAAGUUUAGAUGAAUUGACCUGCUAAUGUAUCUUCCUUCUACAACUAAAAACUCCCGCUACACCUCUUCCUGUAUGAUAAAACGUCUCUGCUGUGUAUUUUGUCUUGUUGUUGUUCACUUAGAGGCUCUGAGGAUUUUAUUUUUUCUUCUUUCUCUUUAUGUAAAGUGCAUUUAUUAGGAGUAGGGACACAGGGACAAAGACCUUUUUGUUGAUAGUUUGUCAGUGCAUGUUUGUUCAAGUUGGUUCAAGUUUUUUGCUGAGGUUGUGAGAUCGCUCCUACAGUACGUGAUGGUUUUAUUCAGUAUAUCCCCACAAGUUUGUAGUGUAAACAUGAUUUGGAAGUCGCUCUAUUAUUACCUAGUGAUUUGAUCACGUAUAGAUGAAAAUGUUGGUUUCUGGUAAUUAACAUCACAAGGAUCCCUCUCCUGCCAAAUUUGAGACUCUUUCCGAGAAAAAAAGCCUUGUGUACGAUGUUUAGUUUACUUUCUUUAUCUGAGAUGUUCCUAGCUUUUUAUACCACAGGAUUAAAAAAACAGGUUAAACAAAUCAACUGUAACAAGUUUAUCAUGUUAUUUGUAUGCUCUUUUUAGCAGUAAUUAUUUCUACUGUACUCCACAGUGUUAAAGACAAGGACCUAUCAUGAUAGAAACAAAUGUACUAUUUCAUGUAUUUGUAAUCAGUCUUCUUACCCCCUUAAUUUUUUUUGCUGAUUUCCAAUCAUAUUGUUACUGUUGAGCUUUGUUUUUUCCUUUCUUCUUCUAAAAAACUAAAUUUUAAUUUUGCCACUUUAUUCACGUAUAAAAUGUUCAUACCCCUGUCAUUUUUUUUUUCUUCUAAAGAAAAAUGAUAGUUUUAGUAGAUUUCUAUUACACUAUUUACUGAGAAGUCAGUAGUUGAUUAUAUCUCAGCAAUGAAUAAAACUUAAGUGUAAUUUGU